AUGUCCAACUUCUUCACCGCGACCUUAUCCGGCAAGGGCUCACGCGGGGACAAGUCCAAGUCACGAGGGAGCGCGCGCACGUCGGCCUCGUCAACAGCCUCGCACGCCACCUCACCGACAGACCUCUCCCAGUCAAAGCUCUUUGACCAACAUCCAUCGCGCGCGCAACCUGCCUCUGGGUCACAUGGUCUCGGCGUCAACCUCGCCCCAGCACCACAACACGACAACGCAUCGAGCUCGAACAUUGACAUUGGCCGCGAGUUCGGUGCUGCGCACUCGCCAGGUCGCCUCCAGGCAGGAAGCAUCAAGCACCAGAUGUCCAACACGUCGCUGUCCCCGCGCAAGGGCUCGGACAACAUGUCAAUACGUUCCGUGUCGUCGACAAUGAGCGCCAACCCGUUGCAGCGGCCCAACGACGAGUUGGGUAGAUACCCCUCGAUCACGCGCGUAACACAGCCCCAAGCUGAACGGUUGCCCAACGGCAGUCGAGCUAUCCCCACGGGCAACUCGGCGCCUCUCUCUGGUCCGCCAUCAGCCUAUACUCAGCCAUACUCGACCACGCACAACACACCACCUUCCCACUCGACCUCACACACUCCUCCCCCCCAUCAACAUCAGUCGUCUGGCACCCCGCCACCUAACGCUUCUUCGUCACAGGGCUCUGUCCACCCCCCAACCUCUUACUCGACUUCUUCGUCCUUGGCGUACGCGUCUUCUCAAUCUCAACCCCGCACCACGUCCUCGCCUGCGCCGUCGAACUAUGCGCCGUCGAGCUAUGCGCCGUCGACUUACACACCCUCGAUCUACACGCCGUCCAUCGCCUCGCAGUCUACAACCAAGUUGACGGACGAGUUCAACUUCCCGCGGCCGCCAGACGAGGAGGUUGAGCAACGCUUCUUAGAGCUUGUGCGCAACCGCGAUCUCGACCACGACCUCAUGGGCUCACCUGUGCCUUCGUUGUCGUCGCGGACGACAAAGUCCCGCGGCGCACAGCGAUCAUCGACGCAGACGAUCUCGGCCGGCGCGCGUGCGACAACAACGUUGUCGAUCAGCACCAAGUGGCAAAUGGUCGAAGCCGAGGCGCGCCAACAGUGGGAGAAGAGGAAGAAGCAGCAGAAGCACCUGUUAUCUGAAGGCCUCAAGACUGGGCGCGGAAGGAAACCUGUCGAGGUGACCAUUUCCAGAGACAGCCCCGAGUGGUUCAUCCGCAAGGUGCUCGACAACCAGCUCACUCACCAGGACCUGGUGACGCUGGGCGUCAGUCUCCGCACCUUCCCGUUGGAUUGGAUUAAGGACUUCAUGGCCUUAAAGGGCCUGGUCGUCAUGUCCAACUAUCACAAUACGUUGACGCACCGACGCAGCAAGUCUGGGCCAGAUGUCGACAUGGAGCUGGAACUUCUUAAGUGUCUACGAACAGCCAUGAACAACAAGUAUGGCCAGGAGGAGGCUAUCAACUCGCCUCAGGUCAUCUACGCAAUCGGACAGUCGCUCGUGUCCGCACAUCCGUCGUGCCGUAAGGUCGCAGGCGAGAUCCUGGUGGACUUUGCCUAUCUCGACAACGCUAGCAGCGACCGCGUGGGGCUGUCUAUCGUGUUACGAGCCUUCGAGCAACUACAGGCACAGUACAACCAGCAGGUCGGCGUGUCGAAGAAGGUGUCCAAGUUCGAACGCUGGAUCCGACAGAAUGAGGAAUUCGCGCUCAGCAGGGGUCGCAUGGGCAGCACCGUCGGACAAGGCCCGCUCGUCAAGGGCAUGGACAACCAGCAGCUCAUAGAGUACUUUGAAAUCAUCGUGUUCCUCAUCUCGGGGCUCGUCUCAGCGACCGAUCUGCGUACGCGCAUGUCUGUCCGCGGUCAACUAGACAUGGCUGGGGUCGCCGCUUUGCUUGAGACGAUCAAGGACUGGAGAGAACCGAGGCUCCUACGACACCUCGAGCAGUUCUACGAGGAGGAGGAGGCCGACCGCAAGGAGUUUCUCGAACAACAAGCUAUGGCGCAGGUUGAGACAAUGCGGAACCCCGAGGAGAUGGUGCGUGCCCUUUUGGACAAAACAAAGGGUACCAAGGCGAGCGCGUAUCUGCUCAACACGUUCCGUCACAUGCUCCUCAUCAAGGAGGAGGGCGACGAGCGCAUCCGCUUCUUCCAGCUCAUCGACCAGCUCAUCCAGAGUAUAGUCAUGCACGACUCGCCAGACCUCAACCAGGACUUUGCGCGUGCCUUCGGGAUCUCGGUCUCCCAGCUGAUGGGCAAGUUUGUUGAUCAACAACAACUCGAGAAGGUGGAGGUCGAGAACAAGCAGCUCAAGUCUGAUCUGGCGGGGCUCAAUCGCGAGAAGCAGGACCUCCUCGAUGAGAUGGCUGAGGGCAACCAGAGCCUGGUUGACCGCCUCAGAAAACAGAUUGCGGACCUCCAGAAGAAGCUCAGCAGUGCGCGCGCAGCAUGGGAGAGCUCCGAGGACACCAGGAAGCGUGAGAAGGCUGAUUACGAGACGCGCAUCGCCGAGCUGGAGCUGUACAUCCAGGAGCUGUUCAACAUGCUGCGCGAGACCAACCAUCUUGACCAGGUUCAGGCGAUGACCGACGGCCCGAUCGACCGUCAGAAACUCAUCCACGAUCUCCGCGAGCAGUGGGAGCGUAAGAAGACCAUCCGCAAGCUUGAGGGUGGUGGCAACCGCAAGAAACCGACACGUUCCAACACCAUGACGACCAUUGACACUGUUGAGACCGAGAGCUCAUUCGGCGACGACGUCAUCGAGGACUAUGAGGACGGACAAGUCUUCCACGCUCACGAGGAGCGCUUCCAGACAUCGGACCCCCGCUUCUUCGACUCCACUCGGAGACGGUCGUCUCAUGGCAAGUCGCUUUCCAACCAGACUGCCAUGUCAGGGACUCAGUUUAUGGACGCCGAAGAAGAACGGGUACGCUCGCAUAUCGAGGACUCGUUGGUCCGCGGCGUGGACCGAGUGGCUCCAAUGCGGGUGUCGAAUGCCGGCUUCCGGAGCACGCGUGGUGAUGGCCACCGCCGGGGAGGCGCGACAAACGCUCCUCCUGUGCGGGAGAAGUCGAUCUUGAGAACCAACUGGAAGAAGGCCUCAAUCCCGCCUCGUUUCCUCGAGGAGAUACGGUACGGUGCGCUGCAGAGGCAGCAGCGCAGUGUGUCGGCACCGAUGAGCGGCCGCGCGUCAGUCCAAAACGUCGUCAACUUGGACGAGGACGCGCCCGACUUCCUGCUGGCAUUGCAAGCUGAUCCUUUGCUGUCGAAGGUGUACCGGGCGGACCCAGCUGUUGCCGCUGCUCUCCGUCAGGACCCCGCCGUCGUGGCGGCGCUGCGCGUUGACCCCACGGUCGCCGCGUCUCUCAUCGAUACAGGCGUCGGCAUGUCACCUCUGGACGACCAACAGCCGUCUCCGCGGGACUCCAAAAUGUCCAACACCGUGCGGCCAAACCCCGAGCUUGCAGCGGCCCUGCGGGGAGAGGGCGAUUCCAGCCUUGCGCAGGCCGUUCGCGCCGACCCCACCGUCUCAACCGCUGUCCGCGCUGAGUCGGCCAUCUCCGCUGCUGUCCGCGCCGACCCGGAGCUGGCUGCGGCUCUUCGUGGCGAGGGCACCUCGCCUCUCGCUGAGGCUGUGCGGCGCGACCCGACCGUGGCGACUCCUGUGUCAGUCGACUCUAAGGCGUUGCGCGGGGAGGGAGAGUCACCGCUUGCCCGGGCAGUUCGCGCGGACCCAGCUCUGGGCCCUGCUCUGCGCGGCAAGGGCGACUCGCCGCUUGCUCAGGCUGUUCGCGUCCCUUUCACAACGCGUGCAGUCCCUCAGAACAGCGAGCUGGCAACAGCUCUUCUUGGGGAGGGCAACUCUGCUCUUGCCCAGGCUGUUCGCGCCGACCCGGCGGUCUCCGCAGCUGUCCGUGCAGACUACGCGGUUUCGGCUGCCGUGCAGGCUGACCCCGAGCUGGCAGCUGCGCUCCGCGGAAAGGGCGAAUCCCCCCUCGCACAGGCUGUGCGCUCAAACCCGGAGAUCGCCACUGCUGCUCGAGCCGACCAGGAGCUUGUCGCUGGGCUGCGCGGCAAGGGCGACACUCCUCUCGCAAAGGCUGUCCGGAUGUCCAUUGCCUCCACUGUGGCUUCGACCGCAGCUUCCUCCACCGAGUCCAGCGGAGGAUUGACCGAACUGUCUACUGCGGCGUCUUCGGUACCAUCAGCCGGCUCCCGCGACCAUUCGAAGCUUAUCGCCGAGGGCGACUCGUCGUUGGCGCGUGCUGUGCGCUCCAUACCAGCGCUGGGUGCGGAGCUGCAGGGCCGGGGCGACUCGCCCCUUGCGCAGGUCAUCCGUACCGAGCCCAUACCUCCGCGGUCUCCAUCGAUCUCGAUCGCUGCCGCUGGUCGUCUCGCUGACCCUGGGGCUCUCCGUGGCGAGGGCGACUCGCCCCUCGCGCGUGCCGUCCGUGCCGACCCGCAAAUGGCUGCGGGCCUGCGCGGCGAGGGCGAGUCGAUUCUCGCUCAGGCAGUCCGCGCCGAGCCCAUCGUGCUGGCCGCAGCUCGCAGCGACCCGGAGAUGGCAGCAGCCCUGCGCGGCGAAGGCGCGUCGAUACUCGCGCUGGCUGUGCGCGCCGACCCGUCCGUCUUCUCCGCUGUGCGCGCGCAAGCUGCGUCCGUGGCGGCCCGUCGCAAGGCGUCCAUUCCCCACGGUGCGCUCAACUUCGCUACUGGCGGCUUCAGCAUCUCUGCCACUGGAGACGUCUUGGACGACCUGGAGGAGGUGUCCCCCGGUGAACCCGGGUCGGCUGUGUCUCCCCAGAUAAGCCUGCGCGGCCUGCCUCUGCCACCAGCUGCACGGCCCGGCGGCAUGUCAUCAAAGGAGUCGUUUGCAUCCCAGGUCCUCACUCGUGCACGUACUGUGCGUGGCGGAUCCAGCGAGCCAGAUGACUACAUGCCAAACGCGUUGCCUCCAAUGCCUACCGUGGACGAAUCGGACGAGGUGCGCGCUGUCGCGGCACACGCGGCUGAACAGGCACAGCAGAACGACGAGGCGUCAUCGGGAGAGGACGUGGGGACGACCGUGCCAAAGGCUCCUGGAGCUGUAGUGGCCCCAGCAUCCGGGGCACCACCACCACCACCACCACCACCACCACCACCACCACCCCCACCACCCCCACCACCCCCACCACCGCCUCCGCCGCCUCCGCCUCCGCCCCCGCCUCCUCCCCCUCCAGGCCGUGGGCCCGCGUUGUUGUCCGAGCUCGCCGCUAGACUCCCAGACCCCAGCAGCGUCGCACCAGCACCUCCACCUCCGCCACCGCCACCGCCACCUCCCGGCGGAAUGCCUGGUCGUCCUGGAGGGCCGCCUGGCAUGGGAGGUAUGGCGGGAUUGCUUGCCGGUAUCCGCGGCGGCGUCAACCUCAACAAGGCAGGUGGUGCGCCCAAAAAGAUCACUCCACCACCGCCACCACCUCCGGGGUCUUUCGGCACGAUCUCUCGCGCGCCCGGCGCUCCUAUCGGCGCGCUGCUCCAUGGCGUCAACGACUCACGCAAGCACGUUGCGAACAUGGCGUCGGGACGGAUGAAGCAGCUCCAAUGGGACAAGGUGGCCAAAGGACAACUUAACAACACUGUCUGGGCUACUCCCGAACAGGUCUCUGUCGAAGAGGAACUUGUGCAGCGCAUGAAGGCCGCCAAUCUUUGGUCAGACAUCGAGAACGAGUUCAAGGCCAAGGAGAUUCUCUUGAAUGCGGUGAAGAAGAAGAAGGAGAACGAGCUGCUCAGUGUCCUAUCGCCAGACCUCCGCAAACGCAUCGAGAUUCUCAUGGCUGGCAGCCUCGCUAAGAACUUUAAGGAGCCCGAGAAACUCAGCGAAGCCAUCGCCAACUUCAAUAGCGAGCUGUGUUCCGAGACGUUCUUGCACGAGCUGCAGGGUGUGCUUCCCAACGACGACGAGCGCGGCAAGCUUCUGACACACUCUGCCGAUUCGCCAGCCGAGUUGGAGCGUCUGCACCCGGCCGAUCGCCUUAUGGUCCGGCUCAUUCAAGUGCCCCACUUGGCCGACCGCGUCAAGGGCAUGCUCUUCCAGGUCAGAUUCCAAGGCAACAUUGAUCUCUUGCAGCAGAGUCUCGACCUCCUCAUCGUGGCCUGCCACGACCUCCGCAACGCCAAGCUGUUCCACCAGCUACUCAAUGUCAUCCUCACAAUGGGCAACUACCUCAACGGCACUAACUUUGCUGGUGGCGCGUACGGCUUCAAGAUUGGUUCGAUCAACAAGCUUGUGGACACCAAAUCCACCAACGGCCAGAAUCUGCUGCAUUUCCUUGAGCGCACGGUCUCGACACACUUCCCCGAGCUUGACGGCUUCCUCGAUGAGCUGGCCAAGCCGUCUGACGCGAACCGCGUCAACUUUACGGACAUGCAGGGCCAGUCCAAGACAAUGCUCACCGAGAUCCGAGCGAUCCGCUCGUCGCUUGAGGACAACUUCCAGGACUCGACCGAUGGAUAUGCGCGCAAGAUGUUCCGCUUCUCUGCCACAGCUGAGGAGGACCUCCAGAGCCUCCGCGACGACAUUGUCAACGCGGAGAAGGGCCUGCGCGACGUCGAGAACUACUAUGGCGAGGGCGACGAGCACGGUCGACCGAUGCAGAGCCAAGAGUUCUUCGGCAUCUUCCGGACGUUCACGUCUUCGUACAAGUUCUGUCGCCAGCAGAACGUCGCACGUGCCGAGGAAAUCGCGCUGCGCGAGCGCCGUGCUGCUGCCCGCGCUGCCCUCACACCACAGCCUACUGGCGCGCCGACCGAGACGAACCUCAUCGACACGCGCCUGCAGCGCCUCAAGUUGGAGGGCACGCCGCGUAUCCGCCGCGAGCGUCGCCAACCCGCUCCCCCGCCGUCGCCGCUGCCCGCCAACAUGGACUUCACCGACUUCAUGUUGCCCAACAGCCAGUCAGAAAACGUCGACUUUGGGUCGUUGGCGCAGCAGAUGAUGGCAAAUCUGUCGGGCGGCGGCAUCGACUCGCUCGCCACAGUAGAGCCGGUUGUGGCGCGCAACCCGGCUUCCCCAAUCCCAGUAAGACAAGCCACUAACGGCUCGCUUCUUGGCGAACUCCCGGAACAACCCCAUGAGGACGAGCCGAGGUCCCGGCCGACGAGCAGCAGCGAGCAGCUCAGGAUAGACCUGAGCACGCCGCUGAAGCGCGCAAGCAUAUCCUCCCUCCGCUCGAGCCAGCGGCUGAGUGUGCACACCACACUCUCGUCGGCAAGCGAGCCCCCAGAAGUAGAAGUUGAGCAGCCGAGCGACGACUCGUACGACGAAUCGAACGACGAAGCGUUCGCCACACCAGAGAACAGGCCAUCCUCGAUCUUCGAGACACUGGCUGCGAGCGAUGUGGAAGACGAGGACCAGACCGAGGGGGAGGACACGGUGGGCGAUGAGACAAUCCUCGCCGAACUGCCGCCAUCCCCAUCCCAGAUUAUGUGA